AUGCUUUUCACCAAAGCUUUGACCUUGCUUAGUGUAGUCAGCUGUGUGCUUGCAGCUCCCGGAUCAAUCCCGAAAUUCAUAGAUGAGUACGAGAAUCAAAAACCAAUAAGUUCGGACGAGUUUGAAAAUGGAGACUUUUCGGGAACGUUACGGACAUACAAAGUGAAGGCACCGGAGAGAUAUGGAUGUGAAGGAAUGAUGAGAGAAGGACAAGAACGCUAUCAAGUUGCCAGUCUACAGCUUAGGUUAAAACAGUUUGACAAGGAUGGAAACUUGGUGAAGGUGAAGGUUAAGGAAGAUAUAUUUGCACUCGAGCCAGCCUCUCUAUCUGACAUGACGAGUGUGAAUGAGUCCUUGAUGGAUGAAAUGGAUCAGGAGUUUGAUUUACAGGUUGAUGAUGAAAAAGAGGAGGCUAUAGUUGCCCGUCCUGUGAAAGAGAUGAGCAGAAUCGAGUAUUACGAAGGUGGAGAGAAGGUGAAGGCACGGGCUGGCAGGCGUCAUUGUCACAUGCCUGCUGCCGUGGAAAACUCGGUGUUGGUUCCAGGCCGUAUUUUGGCUGUUAAGCUUAUUGGAAAGGGUGAUCAUGACGAUGGAUCGGGUGAAGCUUAUUCGAUCUUCUUGAAGAACGAUCUUCAGAAACUAGACACGCCACUUCCAAAGAAGCACGGUGUCAGUGAUUCAGCUCAGAUAGCCAUAUGGCUCACAGUGACUGCAUUAUUUGUUGCUGUUUUAGCCUAUGGAGUUGUCGUUUUUGUCAAAAGAAUGACUUCUGCUUCUCACGAUUACAUCAAAGUGAGCCAGAAAGAGCAGAUGGUUCAGGAAAAAGCCACAAAAUGA